GAUUUCCAAAACGUCGAUUAUUGUUAUUAACGAAUCAAAAUUUAUAAUUUAAGCAUUGAAAAAUGGAAACUGUAAAAUCGGCACGUCCUUUAACAAGUCGACCUUUAACAUCGGCACAUCAAAAUGUAACCAAUACAGGUUUGAUUGCACCAAAAUCAUCCAGAAGUAAAACCGCUUUACGAAGACAGAUUCAAGAUAAAAGCUAUUUUAUUGGAUUAUUACGAAUGAAAAUAAAUGAAUUGAAUGCCGAAAACAAUUCAUUGUUACGAGAAUGUGAAAUUAUGACCAAAGAAGAAGCUCGAAUAGGUGUCUAUAGACAGAAAGCGGAAACAUUGGCUCGUGAAUUGAACGAAUUGACUUUGGAAUUAAUGACCUACAAUGAAUUUGUUGAUCGUACAAGAAUCGAUGAAGAAAUGUCGGCCGUCAAAGAUGAUACAAAUGAAAUUAAACAUGAAAAUGAUGCAUUAAUUGCUAAUCUUGAAAAUGAUUAUGCAAAAUUACGUGAUGUGGAAAAUGCGAUCAAACGAAAUGAUGAAAAACUUAAAGAAGUACAAAAACUGAUCAAUAUUGUUCGAAACAAAUUCAGUGAAACACAGAUAAAAGAAUUUGAUCUUAUGCAAACAAUGAACAAUGAAUUGACUAAAGAAUGUCAUCUACUUGAACAGGAAAUUAGCUUGUGGCGAACAAAAAAGAAUGAGAUUGAAGAGAAAACCGUCAGGGAUGGUAAUCUAUUGAAAAUGGAAUUGAUCAAAGCAAUUUCAAAGCUUAGAAAUCUAGAAAAACAAAAGAAUAAAUUAUUGAAUGAUGAAGAUUCAGAAGAAAAUAAACGUAAACAUUUGUUGGCACAAGUAAAACGUGACAACAAUUAUAUCAAUUCAUUGACAAACAAAAUGGAACAAUUGAAUGUUAGUCAAAAUCAAAUCAAAAGUGAAAUUGAAUUCUACAAGGAUGGAGAUAAAUUACGAAAAUUUUCCGAUCUACGACAACAGGACAAAAUAUUCGAUGAUUUUAUGAUUGAAUAUAAUAAUCGUAAACAAACAUUGAUUGAUGAACUGGAAACGAUCAAUCAUGAAAUCAAUGAUACAACCAAUAAAUUGUCACGAUAUCUAAAGUAUUUAAAUAUGAUCAAACGAAUACGAAACGAAACAAACACUGUUUAUGAUAUGUCGAAUGAAAUCAUCAUACAAAAACGAAAACUUGAAUUGGAAAUCUAUAAAAAUUCACAGACAAAAGAAAAAGCCGAACAGGAAAAGCAAACAUUAACGGCUCGUAUCUCGAAAUUAAAAGAAGGAAUAAAUUCCUAUUCAGAUGUUACUGGAUUGAAAUCCAAAGUGGAAUCGAAACUUGAAACGGUUAAACAGAAUUCCGAACGAAUACAUAAUACAAUACAGGCAUUGAAUGUGGAUAAAGAUAAAAUGGCAAGCGAAACAAGAGAAAUUCAAUUGAAAAUGGAAAAGGAUGAUAUUUAUCAACAGAUUAUAAAGUUGGAAAAACAAUUAAGCGAAAUUUUGACUGUUAAUAACAAACUUAAAGAGAAUGACAAUAGCCAAAUGAUUGGCGAAAUGAAAGCAAUGAUGUUGGAAAAUGUAAAAAAAUACAAUCAAAGUUUGAUAGGAUUUUGAAUAUGAUGUGGCAAAUAAAACACAUGUUUAUUAUUAUUAA